UUUAAUUUAUAUCCCACUAAGACCGUCCCAAUUUAAUACUACUAGUGGAAACCUUCUUCAAUUAGAAAAACCAAAAAAAAGGGAUAAGAUGGGUAAUGUCUAUGUUCCUCCUAACUUCUAUCCAACUUUUGCCUUUUAAUUCUGAUCCUUCUCUCUCUAUCCCUUUGAAUGACAACAUAAUUUUUUAGGCCAUUAAAGUAAUGGCGUAAAGUCCAAAGUCUUACAAACUCAAAAUCUUCAACUUCCUAUCCCACUCUUACACGUCCCCUACCCUUUUCGCCCUCAAAUGAACAACUCCGCCACCAUCGCCGCUGCCGGAGCUGCCAUUAAACGCCGAAAGAAUCAUUAUCAUCAGUCCUUGAUUCCUGGACUUCCUGAUGAUAUAGCCCAAAUUUGUCUCUCUCUUGUACAACAACCUUUGACUCUUUACUCCGUUUGUAAAUCUUGGCGCCGGCUUCUUUAUUCUCCUUCUUUCCCCCCCUUUUUAUCUAUCUAUUCGUUAUUGAAACCUUCACAAUCUAAGGAGAAAACAAAUCAAUAUGAGGAUUCUGUCGAAUUCGCCAACUUCGAUCCGAUUUCAUCCAAAUGGCACUUACUUCCUCCUCCACCUCUUGAACCGCAUCUUCGUCUCCUGCUUCGUCACCCUUCUUUCAUCUCCCGUCACCUCCCGAUUCAAUCGGUGAGCGUUUUUGGCAAAUUUGUCCUCCUCGCCGCAACCGCUGACCAUCUAUUGCCGGCCUUAUCUCGGCCCUUUGUUUUCAAUCCGCUCAGCCGAAAAUGGACUUACGGUCCCCCACUCGCCACACCGCGACGGUGGUGUGCUGCUGGUGCGUCACGCGGCGUGGUUUACGUUGCAAGUGGGAUUGGUUCCCACUACAACCAAGAGGUAGCUCGAUCGGUUGAGAAGUGGGACCUGAAAAGUAACAACAGCUAUGGUUACAGCUGUAACCACCAUCACGAUAAAAACAAGGGUACUAAAAGCGGAUGGAAAUGGGAGAAAAUGGGCGGUCUUAAGGAUGGGAAGUUCAGUAGGGAAGCGAUUGAAGCAGUGGGUUGGAGAGGGAAGCUGUGUAUGGUGAACGUGAAAGGCAAUGCUGCAAAGGAAGGAAUCAUCUACGACGUUGAAAAGGACACGUGGCAGGAGAUGCCGGAGGGGAUGCUAGUGGGUUGGAGAGGUCCGGCGGCGGCGAUGGAGGAAGAAAUUAUUUACAUGGUGGAUGAAUCUAAAGGAGCAUUGAGAAAGUAUUAUCCAGGAAAUGACAGUUGGGUGGAGAUUUUGGAGAAUGAGAUGCUUAAAGGUGCACAACAUUUGGCGGCUGCCGGCGGUAGAGUAUGCGUGGUUCGCAGCGGCAGUGAUGGUAUUGCGGUUGUGGAUGUGGUGGCCAAGCCGCCGAGUUUGGUGGUGGUGGAAACUCCGCUGGGGUUUCAGGUUUUGGACGUACAUAUUUUGCCAAGAAUGAGCCAACUGGAUUCUGAAUCACAAUGAGAUGACGAAUAUUGAAUAGUUUUUGUUUUCUUGUAUUUUCCAAAUUGUUCAUUAUUUUCAGAUAAAUUUUGGAUACUUGUCGACUUUUUGUUGGUUCUUUUUUCUUUUUGUUUAGGUGGGGAAAAAAUAUAUGUAUACAAUUGAGGAAAAGCCCAAAACCAUAGAUGAUCUUUGGCUUUAGACUCAAAGUCAUACAUAUUCUUUCA